AUGUCUACCCGAUCAACCACCCCGCCACCCGGCUGUCCUAUGCAUAACAAGGAAGAGGAAGCACCUGUUGCUACUGACGGCCCUAGCUGUCCUAUGCCCAAGAAGCAACAAGCACCACCACAACAAGCAGAAGAUGGACCUAGCUGUCCAAUGCCUAAAAAGGCUGCUGAACCCAAGCCCAUGACCAGCAUUCCACCUGGAUGUCCUAUGCACAAGGCCGAUGGAGAUGAGCUCAACAAGCUCAACAUGAUGCCCAAUCUUGCACAAACACCUCAAAGUGAUCAAACCAUUGAACUACCUACAGAACGAGUCAUUUCAUCUAUCCCCAAGGCCAAGGGAGAUGAUGCCAGGUGGGAGUAUCCUAGUCCUCAGCAGUUCUACAAUGCGCUGAGAAGAAAGGGUUGGGAAACACCAGAGGAAGAGAUUGAGACCAUGGUAGAUAUUCAUAAUUUCUUGAAUGAAGAGGCUUGGCAAGAGGUUUUGAAAUGGGAAUCCAAGUACAAGUGGUAA